AUGGCGCCGGCCUCUCAGCAGAACCCAAACAGGAGGCGGCCAGGGCAGAAGCGAACGGCGCCCAGCGGCCCAGCGGCGACCAAGUCACCACAGCAGCCUGCGCCCUCGGACGCCGACAGCUUCAGCCAAUUGAAGGGCAAGGUGGUGUGGGCGCCCGCGGGGCAUUUCGGAAUUGAGGUCCCGGGAAUGUUUUACAGGGUUCGCGUCACGCGCCGUGACACCCGCCGGCGUAACGCCGUCGUCAUCCGCUUCUUCGAGGACGACGGCAGCCAGUACUGGCUGCCCAUGGACCAGGUGCUGCGCUGGCUGAAGGAGCCGAACAACCCCGACGGCCGCUGCACCCACAGGGAGACGGACAACUUUGCCGCGCAGACCCUGGUGGACCUCAAGUCGGGGUGGCUGGGGGGGCGGGCGGACACCACGGAGAUCGACGAGACGGACGUGUCCGUGUCCAACGUCCUGCUGGAGAUGUCCGCCAUGGACAACUGCGAGGCGUCCACCAUCAAGGCGGGCGGCCCGGCCAGCCAGACGUCGGGCAGCCCGGCGUCCGUGGGCACAGAGGUGCACGUUCGCGAACACCACAAGAAGCGGUGA